AUGCAUCCAAAAAAUAGCACACCAAAUUUUAACAUAGAAAAGUAAUCUAUCCCAUAGAAUUCUUGUCCAAAUAGGUCUGUUUAGAAUUGUAAAUGAUAAUUUAAAAUUUAGUUAGUGUUUAUGAUGACUAUUAAUAUAAGAAAGUAACAACAAAGUUGGAUUCUAAAGAUCCGAUGUUUCAUUCUCACAUUUUCGAUUAGUCAGAAACUUUGAAACAACAAAUAUUAGAUUUACAAAGACAAAUAAAAAUAAAGGAACUUAGUUAUUAAUAGUUAGCUACAGCAUUUUUUUAAUAGCAACAAAAAUUCGAAGAACUAAAAACUGCAUUUACUAAGGUAGAGGAAGAGAAAAAGUACCUUCAAAAAGAGAUACAAAAUCAGGUUGAAAAAAACGAGUUUAACUAAUUUGACAUGAAACAAUUAUAAGAAAUAAAUACGUUAUUUCAAAAUGAAAAUACUUAGUUGAAGUUGGCCGCUGUAAAAGUAAUAAUUCUAUAGAAAUUAGCUCAAAGACACCAUUGUUAAAUUAUAAAUUGAUAACAAACAGCUGAAAGAUUAAAUCGAAUCUUUGAUGACCAAUCCAUUAAGUUGUGAAAGAAAAGGAAGUUCUAGGCUAUCUUUUGAUUAUUUACUAAAUGAAGCAGAACAAACAUAAACAGCUUAAGGGGUUUCAGGUACUUCGCUUCCAAAUUUCGAGAAAAAUUGCAUUUGUUCAAAAAAGAUCAUACAUAUACAAGCAGAAAUUAAGAAAUAUUAAAAAUAGUUAUAGGAGAAAGAUUAACUGAUUGAAAAACUAACUCAAUAGAAUAUUGCUUUAUAGAAAGCUUAAAUGAAAAUACAGAAAUCUUAGAAAAAAUAAAAUUUAUUUGGAACUCCAGAAACUGAAAUAGCUAAGUAGGAUCCAAUCCUAGUUUAAAAUGACAGUAAUGAUACCUCUCGAUAGUUAAAUACUUAUUUAAGUGAUAGGGGAUUUAACAAUGUGAAUAAUCUAGAAUCAUAAAUACCUGUAUAAAAAUUAACUGAAAAUUAGUUGAAAACAUCUACUAGUGCUAGAUCUGUUUUAAUGAAUAAAUCUAAAAAAGAAGUAGAGCAGAUCUAUAAAAAAAUGAAUUAAUCAGCCCUUUUUACAGCCAGUCUGUUUUCGACAAUGCUUGAUUAUAAAAAUCUGCAUCAAAAUUGUCAAUAAAUAAGGAGUACUAGUUACAAUUAAGUAAAGUAAAUAUGA